ACAGAUAACCUUAAUUCUUUUCAUUUUCUACUUGCUGUUUCGGUCGACGUACAGAGACACGAAAAGUACUAUCCAUUCAAUCCACACGAAAAAAAAAAUUGCAUAAAAAAGAUGGCAUCACGCAUGGGAAUAAUUGUGCGCUCAAUGUCGAGCAGCGCUGCUGCUGUCAAGCCACCAAUUCAAUUGUUCGGAUUGGAAGGUCGCUAUGCUACCGCUUUGUACACGGCCGCCACCAAAUUGAAACAAUUGGAUUCGGUUGAAAAGGAAUUGGUGCAAAUACAAAAUGCUAUCAAAGAUAAGCCAUUGUUGCGUGCCAUUAUCACCAGUCCAAUCUUUAAUCGGACUCUUUUGCAAACAACACUCAAAGACGUUGGUAGCAGCGCUAAAUUGUCUUCUGCCACCACUAAUUUAAUGGUAUUGCUUGCGGAAAAUGGACGUUUCACCAAAAUCGACGGUGUUAUCAAUGCAUUCAAACAAUUGAUGUCAGCACAUCGCGGUGAAGUUGUAUGCGAAGUUACAACCGCCCGUGCAUUGAGCGAUGGUCAACGCAAAGAAUUGCAAAGCGCUUUGAGAAAAUUUGUGAAAUCAAAUGAAACCAUCCAAUUGAAGGAAAAGGUUGAUCCAAACAUCAUCGGUGGUUUGGUUGUCUCCAUCGGCGACAAAUACGUUGAUAUGAGCGUCGCCUCAAAAAUCAAGAAAUACAAGAACCUCAUUGAAUCAGUUGCUUAAACAUCAUCUCCAAAUUAACGCUUUCGAGUGUAAGAUGUGUGGAACCAAAAUUAUACACAAAAUUUAAAUAAAAAAAAAAUUCCGCUAGAGCAAAUAAAACUCAAUAUGGGUAGAAUUUAAUUGUAUUCAUAAAGAAGAAGAUAAAUAAAGAAAAACACACACAUAGAAAAAAUUGUU